GUAAUCAAAAAUUAGUCUAAAUUAGUCUAAUAGCUGUGAUGGACUAGGUAAACUUCUCUACAGGUACUGUUGAAAAAUAGGUUGUUGAAUGUUUUGAAUCAAAAUGAUGACGUGAAACAGAUACCCCAGUUUAUAGGCUUCGACUCGCGAAGCCACCUCUAAAAUAAGCACCAAGAAUUUGCAAUGGUAAAGUAUAAGAAAAUUUUCUUCGGAGUCGAAGGUCCAUCGAACAUCAUGCUUACAGAAUGGCUUGGACAGCAUAUCAAUUGGCUCUAGCUGUUGGCAUGGUUAUUACUGGAUCUAUAAAUACACUUGCUACUAAAUGGGCCGAUAGACAGACAGCGCCAGGUUGCGAUGAUGGCAAUACUGAAUCUCACAUGUUUAAUCAUCCAUUUUUACAGGCUGUCGGCAUGUUUAUUGGUGAAUUUACAUGCAUGAUUGCAUUCAAAACUCUUUGGUUUACGAGAAAAUGUCGAGGGAAAGACACUAGUGAUAUGGGAAAUCAGAAUUUUUCCCCAUUUCUCUUCUUUAUUCCCGCAAUGUGCGACAUGGCAGGAACUUCUUUGAUGUAUGUUGGACUCAAUUUUACAUAUGCAUCAAGUUUUCAAAUGCUGCGUGGAGCUGUCAUUGUAUUCACAGCACUCUUAUCUGUUGCAUUUUUACGUCGAAUCAUAACGAAUAAAAUGUGGUCUGGUAUUGCAUGUGUUAUUUUGGGUUUGGUGCUUGUCGGACUUUCGGAUUUUUUGUUUCCAAGUGACACCGGUAGUGUAACAUACGGAAAAAAUGAAAUUAUCACAGGUGAUCUAAUUAUCAUUAUCGCACAAAUCAUAGCUGCAACUCAAAUGGUUGUUGAAGAGAAAUUUGUUAGUGGGAAGGAUAUCAAUCCUUUACAAGCUGUUGGUUGGGAAGGAUUUUUUGGUAUGACCACACUAGGAAUCCUACUUAUCCCGAUGUAUUUUAUUGUAACUGGACAUACGGAUGAAGGUGUGCCUACACGAUUGGAAGAUUCUCUUGAUGGUUUUUGUCAACUCGGCAAUAACUGGCAAAUUGCUGUUGGAACCUUUGGCAGUAUCACAAGCAUUGCAUUUUUCAAUUUCUUUGGGAUUAGUAUCACAAAGGAACUGAGUGCCACAACAAGAAUGGUUCUUGAUAGCAUACGGACCCUGGUUAUUUGGAUCGUCAGUCUGGCAUUGAAAUGGGAAGCAUUCCAGUAUUUACAGGUUAUUGGUUUCGUUGUUUUAUUAUUCGGAACUAUGUUAUACAACAAUAUUGUGACAAUGCCUGAAUGCUUGAGAAGGAGAGGAAGAGGAUUGUCCAUCAAUCGGUCAACUGCUACUGGAUAUGAUGAAAUUGAUGAGAAAAUGCCAAUUUUACCUGACCGACAAGAAGUUCCUUCUGAUUCUGAAGCGUAAAAAUCAACUCAUGAUCCCAUGCAUUAUUUGCAGGAAUGACUCUCUAUUAGAAUAUGCAUUCCAUUGGGAUGAUUCUUAUAUUUCGGUUUUAUUCAAACAAAAACAGUAUAUAUAUGUAAAUAUAUAUGUGAUUUUAUACAUCAAACAGUAUUUCUUACUCACAUGAUUCUUAUUCCAUAUUCAUACAUAUAUAUUCAAUGCUAGUAGUGUUUGAACUAUGAACUACGGAUUAGCAGAUUCGACUAUUGUUUCUAUUUUUUGUGUCAUCAUUUAGCAAUAAUUAUUUAUAAAAUAUUUUUAACGUUUUAAGAUUCGAUUUUAUUGUUUGGAUUUUAUAUUUAAGUUAGUGCACUAAUCAGGCUGUGCCUUGCCUACACGAUUUUAAAGAAAGUUCUUAAAUAUUUUGUUUGUUUCUAUCCUUCAGAUGCCUUCAGAAAACUAUUUAGUAUCUUGUCCUAAUCGAGUUAUUAUGGUGGUUUAUUUGUAUAUAAAUUUUUGACAUAGCAUGACAGAUAUCAUUGUUGGUUACUGGAAAUUGGUUGGAUUAGCGAAUCGUCUAUCAAUAUAAAGUGUUACAAUUUUUCAUUUUCAUAUAUCUCAACUUGGAACAAGUUUUGUUUUUAUUGUAACAUUCUGCUUAUGUGUGUAUCAUUAUGGAACUAUACCCAAUUUCAUUUAGAAAAUGUUCUAUUUUGUCAUGAUAAAUCAAAUAAGAUUGUAGUGAUGUAAUAUACAACCAAAACUUAUCAGAUUUGGUUGCCUGAUGUGCAGAUAGAUUUUCCAUUUGUUGCUAAUUAAUUGUUCCAAAAAUAGUCACAAUUUUCAUUCGAAAUUUUACAUAUGUAAUUUUUUUGUCUUUCAUUUACAUAAGGUUUUAGUAUGACUUACGCUCUUAUCAACUUUUUUCAUACUGCUGUAUGUGCAAUGUUAUCGAAAUGUUCCUACUUAGCUUUUACAGUACUCUAUCUAUGUAAUGAAAUUUAAAUUAAGCAUUGCAUACCAACAUUGAUUGGUCUUUUGUGAUAAGCAAAUUUGCAUACAGGAAGGAAAGAAUUGUUUUA